GCGGAGCGCAGCAUCAUGGCGGACCGAGACAGCGGCAGCGAGCAGGGUGGUGCGGCGCUGGGCUCGGGCGGCUCCCUGGGGCACCCGGGCUCGGGCUCGGGCUCCGGCGGGGGCGGUGGUGGCGGCGGGGGCGGCGGCGGCAGUGGCGGCGGCGGCGGCGGGGCCCCGGGGGGGCUGCAGCACGAGACGCAGGAGCUGGCCUCCAAGCGGGUGGACAUCCAGAACAAGCGCUUCUACCUGGACGUGAAGCAGAACGCCAAGGGCCGCUUCCUGAAGAUCGCUGAGGUGGGCGCGGGCGGCAACAAGAGCCGCCUCACUCUCUCCAUGUCAGUGGCCGUGGAGUUCCGCGACUACCUGGGCGACUUCAUCGAGCACUACGCGCAGCUGGGCCCCAGCCAGCCUCCCGACCUGGCCCAGGCGCAGGACGAGCCGCGCCGGGCGCUCAAGAGCGAGUUCCUGGUGCGCGAGAACCGCAAGUACUACAUGGAUCUCAAGGAGAACCAGCGCGGCCGCUUCCUGCGCAUCCGCCAGACGGUCAACCGGGGGCCCGGCCUGGGCUCCACACAGGGCCAGACCAUUGCGCUGCCCGCACAGGGGCUCAUCGAGUUCCGCGACGCUCUGGCCAAGCUCAUCGAUGACUACGGAGUGGAGGAGGAGCCGGCCGAGCUGCCCGAGGGCACCUCCUUGACUGUGGACAACAAGCGCUUCUUCUUCGAUGUGGGCUCCAACAAGUACGGCGUGUUUAUGCGAGUGAGCGAGGUGAAGCCCACCUACCGCAACUCCAUCACCGUGCCCUACAAGGUGUGGGCCAAGUUCGGACACACCUUCUGCAAGUACUCGGAGGAGAUGAAGAAGAUUCAAGAGAAGCAGAGGGAGAAGCGAGCUGCCUGUGAGCAGCUCCACCAACAGCAGCAGCAGCAGCAGGAGGAGACCGCCGCUGCCACCCUGUUGCUGCAGGGUGAGGAAGAAGGGGAAGAAGAUUGAUCAAACUGAAUGGAAAAAACCCACACACACAUGCAUACACACACACAUACACACACACACAGCCACACACAGAAAAUAUACUGUAAAGAAAGAGAGAAAAUAAAAAGUUAAAAAGUUAAAAAAAAAAAAAAAGAAAUAACUGUUAACUCCAAGGGAGCACCACCCACAGAACCUCCACCAACUGACAGUUUCUCUUCUUGACUUGCCACCCAUCGCUGGAUGUUGUCCACUUUAUCCACCAUAUAAAACAGUAAGCAGCUGCUAAAAACAAAAAACAAAAAAAAUACAAAAAGUAAUAACAUUAUAUGAACUGUGUUUCCUACUUGAUUAAAAAAUAUAAAGAACUGAGUGUUUAUUUCCCUAAUUAACCAAGAACUUUUGUACACGUUUAAGCUAUUAUUAUUAAAAGUGUUUGCAAAAUGGUCAAGAUUAUAAUAUUGCUGAAUUAUAUAAAAGUCCUUUUCAUGUUGAGCUAACAUUUGACUUUAGCACAAAAAAAGAGAUAUUUUAGAACACGUAAAAUAAUAUUUUUAGUUUUUCUCAUUUUGUUACCAAAUUUCAAACCUUACAUGGAGGUUAUUAUAGUAUAUUUGACACCCUAUAUACCUGUGAUUAGAGAUGUGUAUAUAUAUGAGGGCUAGGCAUGCUGUGUGUCUGAGCUUUGUCUAAAUGUUAUGCAGAAGUUUGUAGAGUUAAAGGUACGUAGGUUUAAUUCAUGCAAGGUAAACAAUAAGUGCUCUCUUUUAUACAAUAUGCAUUGCAUCUGGACCUUAAACAUAAAAAUGGUCAGUGAAACUUCUGUGAACAUGAAGAAAUUAUUAAAAAAGGCAUUUAAAUGAAAUUUGCUAAGUUGUGAUUUUUAUGGUUGGAACCAAAGUUAUUCAAAUAGUAAAAGGAAAAAGAGAAAGAAAGAAAAAGGAAAUCUCCCAUGAUAUUUUUCUGCAUCUGUUUGCUUUGACUGAGUAGGUGUUUUGUCAUUAUUGUGUAUAUGAGAUGUAUCGUUCAUAAUAUAUUUUUUUUAUUAUGUGUAGAAAGAUUUUAAAAACUAACGUGCAGCAAUUUCCAGUGAACCUGUACUUGGACAUCAGGUAGCGAGUCUAUUUGUGGUCACUAGCACUGUCUCCUAAACUAGUAAGAGGUCUGAAGCUAUUCUUUGAUUUUUGCCAGUGCUAUUAACUUAUGUAGACCUGUUAAAAAGCAGAGCAACACAAUUAUAGUUAUCCUACUGAGCCAUGGAUUCUGAGUUUCAUUUUAAAAGUGAAAGCCAAGUUGGUAUGUGUAAAGGAUUUCCAUGUAGCUGUGGUGCUAGUUAUUACUGGCUACAUUAUAUGCUAAGUGUAUUUGUGUUCCCCAAGUGUACAAGCCUUCUAUCAAAAGUGUGUUCUAUAACUCAUAUAUUCAAGGUGUAGGGUAUGAAAAUGCAAAGCUUAGGAGAGCACUUUCCCAAGCUGGUGUCCUCCAAACUGAAAUUGUUUGUAACGAUAGUCUUUUACAGGUUUUCAUUUAAAGAUGUUCGUGUGCUUUUAAUUGACAACUAACUUCUUGCUGCUGUAUAGUAAAAUAUUAAUAUAUUUUUAUCAUUAAACUGCUGCAUGACUAUCAUCUUUGAGUGAAGAGAAAAUGUUAUAAAAAAAAAGAUGCCUUAAACAGUACAUUUUGGUUUGGAAUUCUGUAGAAAAUAUUUUGGUUAAAAAAAAAGGAUCUUGUCUGAUAUAGAGAGUUCUGGGGAUGGAAUUGUUUCUUGGCAAAUCCAGCCAUAUAGAUCUUACUGCUGUAUGUAGAAGACACCACCUGUAGGAGCUGGAAGGUAUCAGUGCUUCUCACAUUGUAAAGCAUUGGCCUAGGAAGGUGAAAGAGUUGUCUUUUUGAAGGAUUUUUUUUUUUUUUCUUCUGCUGGUUCUUUGGGUUUUGAUUUGAUAUUUUAAGCUCCCUGGUUGAGUGUGUUGUCUUUGUUUUUGAGAUCUACUGUAUGUGUUGAAUAACAAGCUAUUUCCAUUGUACUGUGCAUUUUCCCAUUAAAUUGUUUGCUUUUAAUAUUCAUACAAUGUUAAAUAUGAGGUGACCGUACAAUAGUUAGGAAUUUCUUUACUUACAAAAAUCACUGGAAAUUAUUAAAUUGCUUUUCCCCUUCCCCCAAGGUGCAUUUUUCUUAUUUCCAUAUAGUAAAGUUGAGCUUUUACAGUGCAUAAUGUGACAUUUGGAAUGCUUAUCAACUGCAUGUAAACAUUAAUAACCUGCACUUUUUUGUCUUAAGGUUUGUUGAGCUGUUUUGUUCACUGUACUUUUACUGUGAUUUGGAAAAGACUGCAUUCUCUGUGCUGUUACUAGUUAGGAAAGAGAAUUGCUUUGAUUUUGUCUCUUGUUUACUAUAGCUUCUUAAAGUUAAGCCUUGUACUACAGGUUGUUGGAGUACUCCUAGAUCAGUGUUUCAUAGUAGCCAGCAAUAAGUAGUGCAAGUCAACAAAAACACAGCAAACUUAGGCAAAGUGUCCUUUCUUUGAGAUGCGAGUUCUUUCAUGAGGUUUUCUUUAGGGUCAUAGUUACCUAAAGUGAAGCCUUUCUUACCUACAGACUUCAGAUUCUGCUUGGAAUCCUACCGGAUCAAUAAGCACAUGUAUUGUGCAAUUGUCUUUACACUAUAACAGUUAAACACAAUCUUACUAAGAUUUUGGAACCAGUGUCUGAUUUAUGGUCAGUGGGUUUAAAAAGAAAUCCACAUGCAAAUCUUUUAAGACUUAAGAGGUGAUCUUAGAAAAGACUAAGUGACUGUAUAAAGAUGCUCUUUUUUGCAUCUCACUUUACCUCCCCAAGCACCCUCCCAGCCUUCCCUUUCCUAUACUGUUUCAUCCUUUCCCUACCCAUCCUCCCAGGUGCUCGGUACAUUACCAAGGUUCUAUAUCAGUGUUUUAUGUUGGAGUUUUUCCUUGUUUUUAUUUUACUAGUUGGUAAAACCCUGUUUGUGCUGAAAUGAAAAAGGAAACGGUAUAUUUGACCAUAUGUGUUAUUCAUAGAAGACAGUAUGAUCAAAUGUGCCAAAAACAAGCAAACAAAACUUAAUUCCUGAUAUGUAUGCCUUAUUUUUAAUGAUCUGCUUUGUCUUACGAUUAAGGUCCAAGAGCUUGGUUAAACUAUAUUAUUUGCCUAAGUAUAACAGAAAACUUGAAAUGCAUUGCAAUAUUGACGUUCUUUACAAUGAGAGACACUGUCAAGUAAUUUAAUCCAGAGAUCAGCCACCAGAUUUGAAAUGCCCAUAUAUGUGUGUGUGUUUGGUGUUGUUCUUUUUUUUUUUUUUCUUUUUAAAUCACCAAAUCUUUUUUUUAAGCUACUUUUUAUUUGUGCCUCCUAUUUAUCAUGCUGAUGUUAGAAGCAGCAGUCAUCCAGCCACAGAGGGAGCUAAAGUUAACUAACCAGAACUGUAGAAAUCAUACAUGCCUUUGACAACAAAGGAAGUUCAUAAGAAAAGCCAUGUCGGCUUUUCCUUUACUAGAUACAGAUUGAAGGUAGAUGAAUAUUUGCCAAAUGGAAAGGAGAGACAAUGUGAGUCAGGAAAGACAAACUUUCCCAGCUUCCUAAAAGCCAUGGAGAGUAGAAACCAAAACCAACAGGGAAAUAAAAACCUUGAAAGUCUCACUUUCUAGUCCCAUGCAGGGGUUGAAAUUUGACUCAAAGUGGAAAAUAUAUCAAUCUGUUUUUUAGGUCUUCACAUCUAGAGAAGGAUAACUAUUCCAAUUUGAUUUUUCGGGUAAUGGAGAAAGCUGCUAGUAAUUUUAACCCCUGCCUAAAGAAGACAGAUAAUUUCAUUUGGGAGCAAAUACUUAUUGCCUUGAAAAAUAGCACUGUAAUAGCCUAUGAUAAUUAGUUGUAGAAUAACCUUUAUCCCUUUUAAACUAUGCAAAUUAUUAAAUAAGUGUAAAUUAGGACUCAAUUAAAGAUAGUUGAUUAUAUUGCAAUCAGAUGGCAUUCACAAACUUAACUGGAGCAUAUACAAAUGAAAUCUAUUAGUCUAAGAGUUUUGUAUGCUAACAGAAAAGUAUAAUUUAGCUACCUAUUCUAAAAAUGGUGAAUAUUAUUAAUAUUGUAUAAUAGGACUGGGAAGACUGCCUCCUUUUUGAAGAGAGAAAGAUUAAGGAUUUUUAUAAUUGUUUUUCAUCAAAUUUUAAUAUUUUUGUCAAAUUUUUAGGUAUUUAAUUUGUAAAAGUUUGCUUUGUACUGGCAUACAGAAAAUAGGGUAUUGAUUUUAAACUUUUUGAAGCCAAGUGAUCAAGUACAUUUGUAAUAAAAGUCAAUGGAUCUAUAUCAGUUGUACUCACUGUUUUCAUUUCUUACUCUUAUUAAUAUAGGAAUGCUAUACUUUUUCUGCAGGAACACUGUACUAAAUUUGGGUGGAAGGGAGGGGAAAAGAUAAGUCCGUUGAUAAUGAGAAUCUGGGUGGGUACCAUGGCCCCAAACACUUUAUAUAAUCUUUGAGUCAGUUAAGAUUUGGUAUUGAAAAGAUGCAUGUCAGUUUUUUUACUUCCUAUUUUCAUACGGAAUUUGAUGUUUGUGAGGGUUAUCUCAUUCAUUGUUUCUGUGCUUUAACAUUUUGCAUUGGGCACUGUUGAAGCUUUCUAAACAUAUUUUUCUUUUAUGACAUUUUGGGUUAUAUGCCAGCCAUGGUGAGCUCACCAUGGGCAUGAUUAUUACUUCUAUCUCCCAUGUAUGGUUCACCCUUUCUUCUUCAAUAUUCCCACUCAGUUUUUCAUAUUUCACACGCAUGCACACACGCUUCCAGGUGAUUUUAGAAUGGAGAUUUCUGAAGUUGUUGCUGUAGUUGUUUUCAUAGCUCCACAAUUCAUUUUAUUUUACAUGUGAACAUACUUUUAAUAUUUUUCUCCAUUAAAAAAAUAAGAUACCAAAUCUAAUGACUUUUUUUCCCUUUUCUGAGUUUUUUCAAUAUCAGAAUGAGAUCCUGCUUUCUACGUAAAAGGAUGCUAAAAAAGGGAAUUUUUAGCAACUUAGGUAUAGAACAAUUGGUGAUAACUCUGAGUAUAAAUUUUAUAGUUGGUUAUCCUUAAAUUUGAAUAUUUUAAUAAUUUGGAGAGAUACAUACUUUUUCAUGGGAGUGGAAUGAAUAAGAAAGAAUUUAUUGGAAUCACUUAAGUGAGAAAAUUCACUGAUUUAUGCAAAGUUUUCUGUUAAAAUGUAUCCAUGUUUAAAUCAUACAUUAUUAUUAUAAUGUAUGUAUAAUAUUUCUGGGUUUUUAAUUGCAAAUUAACUGAAUUUAAACCAUUUGUAAUAAGGUACACUAUUAAACUAAAAUGAUCACUGCUAUUAUAAUUACUGUUUCCAUCUAGCUGCUUUAAUUACCAUAGAGAAUUUGCAAUAUAUUUUUAAGAAAAGUUGAUUUUAAUAUUUAGGGAGUUAUUUGAUCCUAAAAACCUAAAUUUAAGGCCUAGGCCAUUUGAUAGACUCUUUUCAAAGAGAAAUUUCUUUAUUAUGGGUUAAGUGAAGAUCAUCUAAACUAGCAUUAUCAUGUCAGGUAGAAUUUCAUAAUGGAAAAACAGCCAAGAGAAUAGUAAAAGAUAAUGGUUUUAAGCCAACAAUUUGUCAUCUUACAGCUGCUAAAUUGACUACCAAGUUUUGAUGUUGAAUGGUCUAGGUAAUUUAUGUCUUUAGGAAAGCUUGAGUAUGGUCAUUUGUUAGAAAUCCUUUUCUUUAAAAAAUUUCAUAGUUACUCAUGUAUUUUUAUUUUGUCCCUACAUUACGUUUGGUAUUUGUAUUUUUCUUUUCUUUUUUCCCCUGAUGUGCUUUGCUUUUGUGGAAAAUUGUCUUGUUUGAUAGGUAGAAACAUGGUGGUGAUCUUCGAUGUAAAAUAAAGUUCAUUUUUAAGGACCAGAUAUAUUUUACUCAUUUUGGAAUUGCAAGAUUUUUGAAUUUUUCAUGAAAGCAUACUUUGUUUUGAUGAUUAUUAACAAUUUUCUUAUUGAUUAAAAUUUUAUAGCAUUUCAUGGGGAAAACUUUAGCUAAGAAUUUAAUUGUCUUGAUUUCGGGUGCACUUUAAUAAUUCAAGAGGCCUCCAAGUUCAAGGACCAAAUCUUUAUAUUCUGGAGUUUUGAGAAUCAUGGAAGUACUCUUUUUAACAUCUGUUUUAGUCUAAACUGGAUUAAAACAGAAGGAUCCUCAGAGGACUUAAGAUGUCCUUAUUGUGAAGUAGCAAACUUAUGGGACAGAUGACUUAAUGUAUUCACCUUGACUAGCUCAACCAGUUAGGAGUAUCAGCUAAUGAAUUAUUGGACACAUGUUGGUAUUGGGUCAAGCUCUCAUUCAGCUGGAGUGGAUUGGCAGUUUCCAGCGUAGGUAGUUGUUGGUGGCAUUUGACCUACCUUCCUACCAUAUACAUUUGGCUUUUUUUUUUCCCCUCCCAUCCUCCUUUUUCCUUGUUUCUCUCUCCAUCUUUAUUCUUCUUGCCAUAGGCCUGCCAGUGACACUCAAACUUACCCCUUUAAAGGGAAAGUGAAGAAAUUGCUGGCUCCUGCCUUAGCACAUGGCUAACCGAUCUCAGAAAGAUUUCUGUAUAAUGAGCUAAUUGGGCAGUUUUUCUGACUGCUAUUUUCCCCAUAGUCUUAAGUUGGCAAUCAGAAGAGCGGUGAAAUUGUUAAGAAAUUUGUGUAUUGAAGAGAGUAAGAAGUAUGUGUAUUUUAGGUAAGUUACUGGGGGCUGAUAUUUACUGGUUUGGAAAUUUGAGAGCAGAAAGGGAAGAACUGUUUAAUGUGUUCAUGAAUGGGAGUGUGAGAGUUCUAUAAGGGAAUGAUUUGAAGGUAAAGUGGGAGAAAUUUUUAUUGGAGGUAGGGAAAGAUACUAAAAUGGAGUCUUAAAUGAGCGCUGUUUGCUAAGGACAAUGAAGUUGAUCUUCACUAAUGAAGUUUCAAUAAGCCAGAGAAAAUGGGUCCCUUGUUGGUUAUGAGAAAGCUGUUGGUCUGUAGCUAGAUGUUAUGAUGAUGAUGCAUUAUACAAAUCUGCUUUCAGGUGUAGGAUAUUUGCUUUUCUGGACAAAUUAAAUAGCACAAUUGUGGAAGACAGCUUCUCUGGUCAAAGCUUGUUGGUACUGGGGACUUGCUAUUUCAAGGGAAAGAAGAAAAUUUCAAACUUUUUCAGUUACAAUUUUUAAAUUAUCAGAAAUAUUUAUUAUACAGACUAUUUUCCUGGGCUCAUGUUAUACUGUAGUCUAGCUUUACUUUUCAAAAGGGUCCUUAGAGUAAAUCAUUUGAUUUUACAGUUCACAAAGAUCCAUAUCCUAUCUUGAUUUUACAGAACCUUGAGCCUUUGGUCCAUAUUAAUUUCUUACAAAAGAGUAAACUAGGUAAAAACACUAAACUGCAAUUUUAGGUAUCUUUUCCAUUUCUUUUACAUUUGCAGUCCCAUGUUUUAAGACUGUAGACCUUAUGAAACCCUCUAUAAUACUAUAUUUUUCAAUUUAGACAAUGUACCCCCUUAAGCUCAAAUUUCUGUUUGUAUUUCCACUUUCUCUGUUACUUUAAAAUUAUGUAAUUCCCCAGUGUUUUUAGUGGUGGCAUAUGAUUUUAAUAUAAUUUAGUGUAUCUUGGAAGUUCUUAUGUUCUUUGUAGGAUGAACUGAUAGUAUUUAGAUUUCUGUUCCCAGUAUCCCAGGAACAUUUUUAAUUAUUUAAGAUAAAGAAUUGCUGUAAUAUUUUGUUUUAUAGAUUAUAUAAUUCAAGUGUAUUUGGACUCCUUUUUAGUUUAAUAUGGACUUCUUUUCAGUGAUUCUGACAUUAUUUAUUUCAUUGUACCCAAAUCCGUAUACAUUAGUGAUAAAAUUUCUUAGCUAAAAAAAGAGGUUUUGAUUUUGUAUCUGGAAAGUAACUUUUUUUUUUUACAAAGUCAAGUUCAUUAACAAUAGAGUUAUUUUUAUUAUAAUUUAUUUUUUAGAGUUAGCACUUAGUAUGCUUUUCCCAUCUUACCAAUUUUAAAUUAUGAUACAAUUACAUUCUAUAACUUAUUGAAGUCUGUGUAAAGCCUUCUAAAAUAGCCCCUCACUUAGGAACUGUUUUUUAAAAAGUGAAUUCCCAAACCUACUCAAGAACCAGUGAUUUAAAUGACUGCCUUUGAAAGGCUUCCUUGAGUCUAGUCAAUGGAGAUAAAUGAUAGCCCAUUUCCAUGCUGCAUACAGUUGUUAGGGUUUAUAAAGUUAUCAAUAUGUAAAAGUGCAAAAGCAGGAAAGAUGUAAAGUUGCCUAUAAAAUUUCUAGUUUUCAUUAUUUGCACUAUUUAUCUUUGCACUUGAUUUUUUGAAAGUUAAGACUAGUCACUUUCACUUUUGUUUCUAGUCUUUUCUAAUUUCUUACAGAAUUGUUUUCAAUAUCCCACCCAAAGCAAAACUUAUAUGCAAUUAAAUAUGCUUUAUAAGUCCAAGAAAAUAUUUCUUAGUGUUAGCUAUGUAGAACAAAAAAUUUGUUUUGAUAAAGUUUUUAAUAUGGGCCUUUAUUUGCCAAUAUAAUCCUUUAUAAAUGUGAGCUUUAUUAAACUAUUUGAAUAGAUAAAGUGAAAGCUUAGGGUAGAAAAUACAUAUAUAUGUGUGUGUAUAUGAAACAAUGUCUUGGAGAUCCAGCUUCCAGCCUGAGAUGGCCUGGUUUCGGAGUGUUGAUUUGUUGUCACUGAAGUCAAUGAGCUCUGAGUCUAGCCGAGUAUUGGCUUAAAAAGCUGGAAGUGAAGUGGGUGGCAAAUGACAGCUCCCUCUUUCAUGUAGUUUUCCAUAAUGCUCAUAGAGUUUCAUCAUGGUCUAUGUGAUAUAACUGGUAUUGAAAUAAUUACGUUAAAUGAAUAUUCCUUUUUGGAAUUCAAGGUUCACUCACUUUUUGAGGGGGGGAGGGUGGCAAGGGAUAAGAGACUUUAUUUUAACUAAGAAGCAUUCUUAUAACCUCAAGAUGUGCUCUAGGAAGAAUAGGAGAACAAAAUGUGUACCUGUGAACAUAUUUUUUGUCUUAGUGAGAUUGUAUAACACAGUGUUCAAAAUUGCAAAAAAAGAAAAAAGUCAAUAGUUUUGUCAAUAGAACAAAUACGUUUUGGUUAAAAUUAAUUUUUGUAAGUUAUUAUUUCAUUUUAUAUUCCCUUUCCCAUAUCCUUUUGGGCUCUUCAUACUUAAAACUAACAAGUGAGAGGCCUGUCUUUAGAUCUGGUUUAUUUUUGGAAUGCCUGAGUGUGUUUCUCAAUGGGAGGGGGGUGGGGGCAGAGGAUGGUGUUUUAAUUCUUGACAUGCUCUUCUCAGCAUGUUUUGGUGGUCAUUCUGGAUCUCAUGUUUGCAAAUUCUGUUGAUAAUUCAGUGAUGUAUUGAAAUGAGUAAGUCCUCUAUGACAUAGUGUGAAUGUUUGUGGCUGGCCUUUAUUGUAGAACCUUGUGGUUUUGUGUUGAAUUGGGAUAGAAAGUUAAACUUCCUUUGUUCAAAUUUUAGGUUUCUCUAGUGGAAUUGUGCCUGGUAAUUGUCUAACUAUGGACCAAUUUUGGGGAAUGAUGAUUGACAAAUGUAUAUUUGACUCUAGAUAAUCUUUUACCCAAAAUCGUAAAUUAAAGGCUUAUUGUAUUAGAAUUAUCUUAAGUUUUAGAUUGUCAGAUCUUUUAAAUGUGGAUGUUGAUCAGCAUUAUGUUUAUGAAUUUCCUGAGGGAAAAGAGAAAAAUUCAAUCUCCAAACCUUUUCUUGGAGACUAAACUUACCAUAUGUGCAAAAUGAAAAUAUUUUAGAAAGUGGCUUUGCUUAUUUAAUGGAGUUUAAUCAGCUUAAUUAAUUAUUUUUCCUAGGUUGAAGCACUUAUUUCCCAAAUUUGAAUAAAGGGAAAAGAUCAGUAAUUUGGCCCCUUUUUUUUGAGGCCAUUUUUAGUUUUCUGCCCCCAUUUCCCAGCCCUAGUGUAAAAUGAAUUACGGGUAUCCCUCUAAGUCCCUGUAACCCCUUUUUGAGAUCACAGAUACCUUUGAUAAUCUGAUGAAAGUGAUGGACCCUCUCCCCAGAAAAAAAAAAUGCACAUACACCAAUAAUUUUCCAUACAACCUCAGGGGCAUCACACAUCUGAAACCCAAGUUAAGGAUCUCUGCUCUGAGUCAACUCUAUAGUAAAAAAAUUAAUUCAAUUAAUUAAUGAAAUUAAGAACUAUUGGCUUAAAACAUUUCAGAUUGGAAUUAUUGUGAGAUGGUGGCCCCUACUAGCAAAAUGUGACAUUGCAACCAGCUUUGUUAGACAUCCAGACAGAAGGAAAAAGGAAGCAAUGUUCGAGAGCUAUUUAUAAGGAGUCAGGGCAUCUCUAGAUGUGGGAGCCAUUCCUGGUUCAAGGCAGGGGUCAGGGUGCCUGACAGCUUCUGGCAGGGUAGAGUUUGAUAAACCACAAUGCUCAGGAUGCCAAGGGGUUAACCAUUAUCUUAACCCCUUCCUCACCAAAAGAUUUUAGUUUUGUCUAUUAGAAAAAAAGAUGUCACUGGGAAAAAAAAAAGAUUUGCCUUACAACUUUGCUGGAACACAUCAGUUCAGUGACGUACGGGACACCAGUAUUAUUUGUGAGAAGGUACAUAAAACCAAAGUAAAUUAUUCUCUAUGUAGAACAUUAUUUACUAGUAACAUUUGUUUGGAUGUAUUAGCUUUGACAAUUUUUGCCAGUAAAUAUUGGUUUUAUUUAAAACUGGGAAUCCAGUUUAUAAAUAGAAUAGUUGUUGUAUCUGUCCUUUCCCCUAUGUAAAGAAUAGUUUAAAGAUUUAUGCAUACUUUUUACUUUUCUCUCUUAAUGCCAUGGAGUUGGGGGGGCGGGCGCGUGAGGGGAGAUCUUUGAGUCAACUGACAAAAUGUCUUCUCCAAAUUUAAAAAUUGAGAAACAGCACUUUAAGUCUAACUUUACACCAUUUUAAUGCAUGUAUUAGUUUUCAUAAUGAUUUUUGGUGCAUGCCUUUGGGCUUCUUCAAAAGUGUAUAAUAGGAAAGUGUAUUUCCUUUCUUAGAAAGGAGAUUUUUUUCUACUUUGCAACUUGUGAUUACAAAAAUCUUCCUCUGUGGGAAGAUUAACCAUGUAUUGAACUACUGAAAAGUAUAUAUUUUUAGAUAUACAGAAGGAAUCUACAUGGAGCAGCAUUCAGACCUAUAUAGAAGUCAUAGCAUUCUGUAUAGGACCAAAAAGGAAAUAACAUUAAACACUUAAACAGACUUUGUUGGGUAGAAAUACCUUUAGAUCUUGCAUUGACUUCCAAAAAGAAAAUACCACAGAAGUUUGCUGAAAACUUUUGUUGUUUGAAUUUUCUCUGUCAGUGUAUUUAGCCCAAAUACAACAGCUUUGGGUUAACACAUACAUAAGAAUAAAAAAAACAAAAAGCAAAAAAACACAAAACUAGCUAAAUAGAUCAGUCUGGUUUGCCAAUCCAGCUUGACUAAGUAAACUAAUCACUUGGAACAUGAAAAACUGUCCAACUCCUCUAAGGUUUUGACAAAAUAACCUUGGCUGAUGUGGGAAGAUACCCACUUUGAUUUCUGACCUGACAGUGAAGAUUCAUGCUUGACAUGAUUUCAAACCUGACAGUGUCUGUUUAAGGAGCUAUGGUACAGUUUGCUAAUUCAAUCCCAGAUACCUGUUGAUUACCUGUGAGAUCUAGAGUCCAAAGUAGCCAGCAGCCAUAUCCCGGAGUGCUCUGUGCCCAUCAGAUCUCUUAAAGUAAAGCAGGGUUGGGACAGGUCAGGUCACAGCUCAGAUGAGUGACCUCAGGUGCUGUGGACAGCCCCAGAUUCAAGAAUUGUAUCUCUUUUCUUGGGAGUCAUCACUGAACUAAUGUCCCACAUAGUGUUACUUACUGUAGAUGCUCUCUCUUGGAGGAAGCCCAGAGCAUACAUCCUAGUCGCUUGUGGUACUCAGAGAGGGGGUGCUAACUCUGAGGCCCUGGCCAAAUUCCAGUUUAGGGAUGUGGGUCUUCUUCUUGCCAUUCUAAUUGGAAAUGUGCAUCGCUUCCCAUUUUCCCUGUUGACCUCAGUGCAAACUGCAUUAGUCUGUUUCUUUGCCCUGGUCCCAAGUAAGAUGCUGGUGUGUAUUAUAUGGGCCAAGUUCAUGCCUUAUCUUAAUGCACAGGAGUUGAGGAAGGAGUGAGCAAAUCAAAGUGUCCUGUAGUGAGAGGGGAACUCUUGUGAUGCUUUGGAGGUGAAGCAGGGCCCUUUUAGCAUAAGUUGGGGAAUAUGCACUGGCGGAGGCUUCCAACCAUGAGGUGUGAAUUGAAACCUAUCUCCCUCUUUUCUUACAGCAUGUUGAGAAAAAUCUGUUGGGUUUUCAGCAGUCAGGGAAGGCCGGAGUUCUGCAGCUUUAAUCUGGGUAACUGAGGCUGGUUGGGGCAAGACUUCGGUUAAUUAACUGGGUUCUCAGAUGCCACAGACUCCGUGAAAAGUCACCAUUAUUUUCAAUGGUUGUGAUAGAAUUUCCCCCCGGUAGCCAUUAUUUUAAGAUUAUAUUGCAGAGUUGCUUUAUUUGAGCUUUUCAUGUAUACACAAUCCCAAACUGGAAGAAAUAAUUAAAAAAAAAAAAAAAAAAAGGAAUCCUGCUGUGAAAGGUAUAUAUUGCUCUAGAUUUUUCUUACUGUAAAUAUUGUAAGAUUGUAAUACUGUCAAUAUUUUAUUAACCAACAAAUGUUAAUCUAUGUGAAUUCAGACUUAUUUUAAAUGUGCUUCUUAUUUACUGUGUGUGGUCCCUGUUGCUGACAGUAUUAAGUUAUAUUCUGAUGUAAGAUUAACUUUAUUAAAGAAUGUAAACAUUAAUGUUUCCUUAUGGGAAAACAAAUAAAGUAUAAAGAAGACAAUUCUUUUCAUUAAAAUAUACUGUGUAUUUACACUUGCUAGACCCAGCACCACUUAUAAAUUUAGUACACUGUUCAGAAUUUUAGUUAACACAGCUGACAUGGUUGUGCACUGUUUGAAAGUCUAAGAGUAGGUAUUGUUGGAAUAUAAAGUUUGUAUUUGUCUGCUGUGAAUCAUAAUCUUGAAAUUUCUAAUCAAGUUUGUAAAAUUUUUAUAGUAAAACAUUUUAAUGACAAUUUAAAAAUUUACUUCUCUAAAGAAUGGUCAAAACAGUAUCCUUUCAAAUAUAGAAUUGUUCUUUAAUAUCUUUCCAAACUGACUUUGGUUAAAUGGACCAGAUGUAUAUUAGUUAAAAUUUAGGCCAAAGUUGUGAUAUUCUUUGAGUUUACAAGUUAAUCCUUAUUGGAGAUGUGCCAAUUAUACAGUAGAAUACCAUUAAUUUGCACUGUUUGAGGACCCCAUUAAGAAUGCUGAAUUUUGCCAACUAAGAAGUAAGCAAAUGCAAUUUAAAAAAUAAAUUUGAGCAUUCUGUAUUAAAUAUGUGCAGUUAUUAUCACAUGAAGAAGCGCAGUGUGUCGGGCUGUAAUAUAACCAUACUUGCUGUCAUGUGCUCCCAUCUCAGUGCUGGGAACUCACCAUGUGGAAACCAAGCAAAUGUGUUGUGCAUCAGCCGGCUUGAGUUUGUUCAAUAUCAAAGCUGAAACUAGCGAGGUCUGCUGUACUGCUUAUUGAAGUAUUGUGAUUCUUUUAGGCAUUGAUUCUUACAAAAUAUAUACUGUAACAGUAUACUUUGUACAGAUUUAAAUUUUAUUUGAAAAAAAUGAAAUAAAGUAGGCAAAAAAAUAAA